AUGGCGGCAGUGAGCCACCAAGAAUUAGAUGUGCUGUCUGGAGGAAGUGGUGCUGCAUUUUAUCGCUGUAACCCAUGCUGUGGUUUCUGUCUCUCCUGGCCAGUGACCCCCUGUACCAUAUCUGAAUGGAGCGACUGGAGUGGCUGUGCAGAGCCCUGCAAGGCAACGUAUCGAGUCCGGAGAAGGCAUGUCAUUCAGGAGCAGAGGAAUGGAGGCGAGGCGUGUCCUCCUCUGGAGGAAAAGGCUGGCUGUGUGGAGUACUGGACCCAGCAAGGAGUGGAGUGCAAUCAUGCCCUUCUCCCAGCAUUAAUAACCACAGGAGGUUACGGGAAAGCACGAAGGAAGAGAGCUGCAUCCAGUGAAAAUGAAAGAGCAGGGUAUUGUGUUGAAUUCCAGCUUGCAGGCAUCACGGAAAGUUGUUUGCAUGGGAACAGUUCCUACACUCGCUGGAUGCAAUAUCUCAGUGAAGGGCACGUAGUGUGUGUGGAGUGCCAGCACCCGGCCUUAGACUCCAGGAGUCUGCACUGCUAUGGUGAUGGCAGUGGAAGCAAAAAGAACGAGGUGCUGCACUGGCAGGCUGUAGGGAAUCCUCGGUGCAGAGGAACUUGGAAGAGAAUUCGCCAGCUGGACACUUGUUCCUGUCCUUCUGUUCAUAGCUUCUUGUUCAUUUAACUCUUUCGAAUUAGCCCAGUGCUCGAGUCAUGUGCUGGCUUCUCUGGCACACACUUUUAAGUAAUGACCAUAAUUGAUCUGGUGAUUAAUCAGUGUUGAAGACUGGGCUGAACUGCUUUAAGGAGGUUGACACCUGCAGAGGGUUAAGCUAAGUCCUCCUUCAUACACUUCUGUGCUUUUGCAUCCCUGAAGAAGGCAGAGAGAAACUGCAGUCUGUCUCCACACCUCCCUCCCUGCUGCCUCAGCAGUCUUUCUGUCCAGUCUGACACCUUUUCUUUCAAAGCCUUCCUCCCCCAGACCUGCCAGUGAUGAUCCACCAAGGAAGAGAAUUUACAAAUGAUUAAGAUAAGCACAGAUUAAGUACCCAACAAAAGACUAAAGGAAUCUCUUGAAACCGGUUCCUCCUUUUGGUGAUAGUGCUCUUCCCUUGAGGACAUUUCUUCCUUCCUUUUAUUUAUAGAUCUUUCCCCCUUUUAUUCUCAAGCUGGUCUCUGUACUGGGUUCUUAGUCUAAUGUAGGGUCUCACUGAAACCUGUGACAAAGCUCCCAUUGCCUUCAACAAUCGGCCCAAAAGGCUUGAUCCUGAAUGGUGGUGGGGGUUGCUGGACCCUGAUUCCAUCAAGGUAAUGGUAACAGUUAGGAUCAGGGCUGUUGAACCAGUGAGAAUUGAUGAUCCUCUGAAGAACAGAGUCCUUAGACCUCAAGUUGCAAGGACCAUAGGCUGUGUUAUCUUAUUUGGAAGUGCCUUAUUUCUUGUGGUUCAGUCAUCUCCUGUGCAGUAGUGAGGUACUAAAACUCUCACUACUUUUCUCUUGCUUCUGACAACUAUUUGAAAUAGUUUUCAUUACAAUCUCUUGGGUUUCUGUUUUGAAAAUGUUCUAUAAAUUAUAAUAAAAGAGACUUUAGAGACAUUCUAA